CACAUACAAAACAAGAACGUUACUUCCUGCCUGGUGUUGUGCUUGUGUGAAUGAAAAUUCGUGGAUAUGCGUUUCACUGACAUUUAUUUUGAAGUGUUUGUGCGUUCAGUGAGGUGACCGAUGGUUUUCGUCCCAAUGGAAUCCCUUUGUGACAAGUGUGAAUCAUUUUGACGACUGUUCUCCGCACCCGAGAGUAAAAAUGUCCGGCUCCGAGAGCACUUCAUCUGACCGAGGCCGAGAAGCAGACAGCAAUAACAAAGACGACGACGAAGUGCAGUCACCAAGAGGUGAAAGCACCCUUUCAAUGGCGACGCAGACAGACGAAAAAGAGCCCAGCGUGCGACAGAAAUUUCGCACCCUGACCUUUGGGAGACGUCGGAAGAACGCCGUAAAAGAAACUUCAGCACCGAAGCCACGAAAGACGCCUUGGGGCUUCAAACUGGGUUGCAAGUCUCGGAAGCCCCCCUCCAACCCUGAACCGCCGGCGUCCGCGGAGCCGCCCGCCGGGUGCAGCAGCUGCAUCUGUACCGAAUACCGUCUGACGGAAGAUCACGUGUUAGGACCCAAGGUUGUGUUUAAAGUGACACCCCCUGCAGCACUCAAGAAAGGGUCGGCGAAGGAGCAAGGGAAGGUCGACCCACAGGAGUUCCCCAUGGAUGACUGGGACGAGCAGGCGAGGCAGGAGAGGGCGAGGGAAAUUGCGGAAGGGGUCGAUCCCCCUCCUGGGUUUCGACCCACGGAUACGCAGCACGCUCAGGCUUCUUCGAGGGAUCAGUCCAACGAACGGAGCGUACCCGAAGAAAGUGUCCAACUGAGACAGCCCGUGCCAUUACCGGAACUGGCGCUGGCGCUGCGUGAUAGACUCAGUGCAUACCCAGAGGGCCUUUCGCUGCCGUGGGAAGUGUUGAACCAGAUCUGCGAAGUGGGUUUGGAUCGCCCGUCCGUGCACACCCAGGUGGAUUACAUGCACUGCCUGGUUCCGGACCUGCUGGAGAUCACAAAUUGCGGCUUCUACUGGGGCAAGAUGGACCGCUACGAAGCGGAGCGUCUGCUAGAAAACAAGCCCGAGGGGACUUUCCUCUUGCGGGACUCUGCUCAAGAAGACUACCUGUUCUCCGUGAGUUUCAGGAGGUACGGGAGAUCUCUGCACGCGCGCGUCGAGCAGUGGAAUCAUCGAUUCAGCUUCGAUUCUCACGAUCCGGGAGUGUACUCGUCAAAGACUGUCUGCGGCUUGGUGGAACACUACAAGGACCCCAGCUGUUGCAUGUACUUUGAACCGAUGCUCACUCGGCCAUUGCAUCGCACGUUUGCGUUUUCCCUCCAGCACCUAGCACGUGCCAUCGUAUGCUCCAAGGUUACGUACGACGGCAUCUCCCGGUUGCCACUGCCAAGAUGCCUGAAAGGAUAUCUACGGGAAUACCAUUACAAGCAGCGGGUGCGAGUCCGGCAGAUCGAGGACGGGACCAUGGAAAUCGUGCAAAUUGGAGAAGAAUUGCUGGCACAAGGUGACAUUGAAAAUGGUGUGGAACACUUGAGCAACGCUGUCGCAGUGUGUGGUCAGCCUCAGCAACUCCUGCAGGUUCUACAGCAAACGUUGCCGCCACAGGUCUUCCACCUGCUUCUUCAACGUCUUCCUGUAGUAUCGCAGCGCUUAGCCGACAGUGCUGCAGCUAACCCUCUGGUGGAAGAUGACGUCGAGUAAGUGCACCGCAAGCGGCAACGGUGGCACAGCAGGGACAGAAAGCAUGUACCUAUGUCCAUCUAGGAACCAUUUUACAUUGAACCUCGGCGUUAGUCCAGAUAACCGAUUUGGCGUAGUGCAGAAUAAUGUUCUUCCUGCACGUACAAGAAAUUCUCUGCGUACUCUCUUUAGAGUGCGCGAGAGUACCAGAAUGAAGAAAAUGUUCGCAGUCCUAGUUUUCGUUCCUCUCUAGAAACAUGUUAGCACAAUAUGUACAGUGCACCCAGUUAAACGAAGGCAUGUAGGGCAGUGAAAAAAUGGAAUGUCGGCAAUUUACAGGGUUUCUCAAAGAUCACACUCUAACUUGUAUUAUGUUAAAUAUUCCUGAAUGUUUCAAGUAGUGUUCACAAAUAGGUCAGAUUUGUUGUGAGAAAGGCACAGCAGCAAGGUUGCUUGGGAAGUGCAGAUAUUAACAGUUACUCUCACGUUAAAGAACCACAUGUUUCAGGAAACAGCUUAAAAUGUAAGUGUGCUUUCAAGAGCUAACCUAAAGGCAUUAGAAUGUACAGAACACUUUUUCUUUUCUUUUUUUUCCACAACAGUUAAGAUUAAAUUGGAAUAUUUCGUGUUCCACUCUUUUGACAGUUAAAUAUAUACAGGGUGUUUCAUCUAACGUGAAAAAAAUUUUGACAGAAAAACCUGCUUGUGUGAACACUAUGGGGUCAAUGCUCUAUAUCUCUGGUGAGAUUUUGCCAUGACAUCUGAGCACUUGUAUCAAAUUUAAUUUGGGAGAAAUUAAAUGUUCACAAUUGAACUCCGAAAUUUGCAAGGUCAACCUGGCAUUUUUUUUUUUUACGGAAACAGAAAGCGCAUGCGGAUUUAUCAAACUCUAUUGCAGAAUAUAUUAACUAGUACAAUGGUAAUAGCUGGAAAAAAUUGCAAAACUGUCGUUGUGUUUGAGGAGCGCAAAUUGCCGGCCGCGCUCAGAUCUCCGAAAGGAGUGAUGCGAGGAGGCCACGUCCAUGCCCUUUCACUUUCCCUUUUCCAAGCGUCUGUUGAUAACGAAAGCAUGGUUGCAAGGCAGAGUUAUCUGAAAGAAGAGCAAGAAGGAAACAGAAAGUGGUGGGUGGCCAUUUUUCUUCCACUGCAUCUUGCAUUAAUUUGACUGAGAGCUGAGCUGUGCCGACAAUUUACGUGCCUCUAGAAGACUUUUUUCUUUCUUUUUUUUUUUUCAGCUACUAACAAAGCUGUAGCACAUAUAUUUUACAAUGCAGUGGGGUAAAUCCGACGUAUACUUUCUGUUUCUGUAAAAAAAAAAAAAAGGUGGGGUUGACUGGGAAAAAUUUCGGAGACCAAUUGCAAAUAUUGAACUUCUCGCGAAUUCGAUAAAAGCGCUCAGAAAUCGGGCAAAAUCUCCCCGGAGGCAAACAGUGUUGGCCCCAUUGUGUUCAGAAAAGUAGAUUUUUGUAAUACGAUUUUUUUUUCCCCCGUUAGGUGAGACAUCCUGUAUAAUGAGUAGCUGCUCUUUGAUCAAAAUAUGAGAUAAGACUGAAAAAAAUCAAAUAACCACAGAGUUUGUACAGUGUUCGCCUUAAAUUUUUGUUGGAACGCAAGGUGUGAUACCAAAGAACAGCGCUGUUUAGUGUGGAAUUCCCCACUAGCAUUAGUUUAGCAGUGACACAGUAUAGAAGCUGUAGGCUACUGCUACUCUGUUUUUUUCUGCCUCUUGCCGUACAGGAAUCUAGUUCUGUUAAGAAUGAAGCACACUUCUUCUCCAUGGAACUUUCCAAGAAGGAUUAACUGAGAAGCGAGUCGGUCUCUGUUGUGUAUGUGAAAGACUGACAGAAGACACGUUUCUGAGCUCGAAAGACGCUAUUUUUGAGCUAUUAACUACACUCGACAGAGUGAAUUGUAAAUUAAAAAGCACAACUACUUUGCCAGAGGUCUUUCCAUAUAUCUAUUUUGCUCUGGAAAAAUGAUACGAUAGGAAUAAAGCAGUUACAGACGAG